AGUGCGUGCGCUGGCCGGCCCGGCUUUGGGCUGCGCGGGAGGUGGGAUCGGGUCCGGCGGACGGAGGGUGCGAGCCCUGCGGCCACCAUGAGUGGUUCACAGAAUAAUGACACUAAAAGACAGUUUCUUCUAGAGCGGCUACUGGAUGCAGUUAAACAGUGUCAAAUACGGUUUGGAGGAAGAAAAGAAAUUGCUUCAGACUCUGAUAGCAGAGUCACUUGUUUGUGUGCUCAGUUUGAAGCUGUGUUACAGCAUGGUCUGAGGAGGAGCCGAGGAUUAGCAUUAACAGCAGCAGCAAUCAAACAGGCAGCGGGUUUUUCCAGUAAAACUGAAACAGAGCCAGUGUUUUGGUACUAUGUGAAAGAAGUUCUGAAUAAACAUGAACUGCAGCGCUUUUACUCUCUGAAGACAAUUACUACAGAUAUUGGUAGAGGCCGGGCUUGGUUGCGCUGUGCACUAAAUGAACAUUCCCUGGAAAGAUAUGUUCAUAUGCUGCUUGCAGAUAAGAAUCGACUCAGUGUCUUCUAUGAAGACUGGUCUUUUAUGAUGGAUGAAGAACGUUCUAGUAUGAUCCCUACAAUGGCAGCUGGUCUGAACUCCAUUCUUUUUGCAAUCAACAUUGAUAAUAAGGAUUUAAAUGGGCAGAGCAAGUGCACACCGACUGUGUCUGAUUUGUUAAAGGAAUCAACGCAAAAUGUAACCUCAUUAUUGAAAGAAUCCACUCAGGGUGUUAGCAGCCUCCUUAGAGAGAUAACUGCAUCAUCUGCUGUCUCGAUUUUAAUGAAACCUGAUCAAGACACUGACCCACUUCCUGUUCUCUCAAAGAAUGUAAAUGCUGAUUUGAAAUAUAAAAAAGAUCGAAAAAAGAAGAAGAGAGUGACAAAUAUUAUCUCAUUUGAUGAAGAGGAAGAUGAGCAAAAUUUGGGGGAUGCCACAAAGACUCUGAUUACAGGAGAAAGUUCAGAGGAGAGUAUAGACAGAUCUUCAGUUUUUGUAUUACCCUCAUCUGAAAGCACUUUUGGAAGAAAUUUGAAUGGGAAUGAAAGUAACCAUUCGUGGAAGAGCAAUUCAGUAUUCAUGAAUGGAGAGUAUGAAUACCGGAAACUAGAUGUGAAGAGCAUUGAUGAUGAAGAUGCAGAAGAGGAUGAGCUAUAUGGAAAAACAUUAGGAAAUAAAGGCACAGAAGGUGAAACUGAAGUUCCUGAAAAGCCUCAUGAAAUAGGCACAUGCAAUUCUCAGAUAUGCAGUUGGACUCCUCUGCAGGUCCUGAAUGAUGACUUGGAUGUUCUAUUUCCUGUCAGUGCCGUUGGCUCUUACUCCCAAACAGAUAACUUGGAGAAUGGGGAGGGGCAUGAACAGGUUAUUCAUGCGGUAGAACUGGUUCCAAGAAGACCUGAUCUUCCUUACAGAGUGGAAGUCAGUCCUCCAGCUCAAGUGAAUACUUUAAGCAGUAUGUUGCCUUCAGCCACUGUGCCAGAAUCCAUGACGAUUAAUGAGCUUCGUCAAGCUAUCGUGGCCAUGAUGAACAGAAAGGAUGAACUGGAAGAACAGAAUAGAUCUCUCAGAAAUCUGCUUGAUGGAGAGAUGGAGCAUUCUGCAGUGCUAAGGCAGGAAAUGGACAACUGGAGAAGGAAAGUAGCAGAACAGGAAGAGCGACAUGCCACAAAAGUUCAAGCCUUGGCACGAGAAAAUGAGGUGCUGAAAGUGCAGCUUAAGAAGUAUGUAGGAGCUGUCCAGAUGCUCAGAAGAGAAGGUCAAACAGUGGAAGUUCUGCCAAACAUUUGGAGCACUGAUGGUGAAUUUACUAUUCCAGAGCAAAAGCAAGUAGAAAACAACGAGGAACUAGCCAGCUCCUACGAAAGAAAAUUGAUUGAGGUAGCUGAAAUGCAUGGGGAACUGAUUGAAUUCAAUGAGAGGCUGCACCGUGCUCUGAUGGCUAAAGAAGCUCUUGUGUCCCAGAUGAGACAAGAACUAAUUGAUUUGAGAGGGCCGGUCCCUGGAGAUUUGAGUCAAACAUCUGAAGACCAGAGUUUGUCAGAUUUUGAAAUAUCAAAUCGUGCUCUUAUUAAUGUUUGGAUUCCCUCAGUCUUUCUGCGUGGAAAAGCUGCUAAUGCAUUCCAUGUUUAUCAGGUCUAUAUUAGGAUAAAGGAUGAUGAAUGGAAUGUUUAUCGAAGAUAUGCGGAGUUCAGAAGCUUGCAUCAUAAAUUACAGAAUAAAUACCAGCAAGUGAGGACUUUUAACUUUCCACCGAAAAAGGCCAUUGGGAACAAGAAUCACUGAGUUCCUGUAUCAAAUAUCUAAGAAGCACCAACCAUAGUGAUCAGUGUAGUCAUCAAAAGAAAGCUGACAUAAUGACUAAAAUACUCCAAGAUCUUCAUGACAUUCUAUUUGGCCUAAGAUCACAUUAAUACAUGUAUCACUGAAAUGCCAGAAUCAUGCUAAUUAUAUCUGUUGCAACUUUGUCUAUGAUAGAAAAAUCAUUGCUAAUUUGUAUGAAGUAAUAUAAAAUUUAAAAAAGAAAUAGAAAAAAAAUCAUAUUUAUAAAUUCCUUAAUGGCACUCAGAUGUCAUUGAAUGUGGAUUGUGAAUGUUUAAAGAUAGUAACUCUGACUGACUUCAAAUGAUUUCCCAAGUGUUCCGUAAAAAUGAGUAGGUAAACUUGGCACAUGUGAUAUGAAAUGAGUAGUAAUGCACACAAUCUAGAGUAAGUGGUGGUGAUAUAAAUAUAUAUGGAAUUUAUCAAUAAAAUCUGUAGGUCUCUCUGCUUGGCAUGAAGUCCAGAGUUAAUGUGGUUGUUCAUUGCCUACUAACCUAGUAAAUGAAAGUACUUAUGAGAGCUUUUCUGCUUUUUUUCAUAUAUUAGAAGAUCAUUUUUCAUUUCAUUUUUAGUGGAUAGUUUUGUAAUAGAAACAAUGUAUUUUCUUCUUUGUUACAUAACUAAUUCUCCUUCUUUGAAGUGAUAGAGUAUCAGCCACUUCAAUAAAUUACAAAAGCCUUCUUUUAAGCUUUUUUUGAUAGUCUUUCAUCCUUAAUAACUUUAAAUACUAAUUGAAUUCCAACUUCAGUUGCACAAUUGAUGCAUACAAAAUUAUCAGUUGAGCAACUUGUUAAAAAAUUUGCAUCGCUUAUUCUUUCAAUGCUUUAGCUUUGGGCCAAAAUUCUACCUUUAUCACGCAUAAACCCACAAUUGCUUUCUGUCAUAUCAGAUCUCAGGAAAAGUAUCUUUUCUUUACAGUAAGAAGUGGCUGCCAUCUAUUGCACUCCUGAAAGACUCCUAUGAUGAGACACAAUCCAGUUGUAUAAUCAGAAUUGAUUAGUGAUUAUACUUCUGGCUACCUGCUGUAAACAGCUUGCAAGUCCCAAAGUGGUGCUUUCACAUCAGCUUUGCAAGAGCUUACCUCAGUCUAUCACAUGAGCUUAUUUCCACAGCACAUUGUGUAGGCAAAUUUUUGUCCUUUUAGUGGUGCUGUUUUCUAUACCGUGUCAUAGGAUGUAUGGCAUUUAGGCAUAUUGCAUGGUUUUGUGCAGUAUGGUGGAUCGUGCUUCAGGAACAAUUACCCUGUAGAUCCAGCAGAAGUAGUAGCCUCUUGGAAAACAUUGUACUGUGUGACUGAUUGAGAUGGGUUCAUGGCCUUGAGAUAGCCCUCCUUUCCAUGACAGAGCAAGUUGAAGUAAUUGGAAGGUUUAAAAAUUCAGUGUAAAAUUAAUUAAUUCAUGUGGGAAUGUCUGUCUUGGAAUUCUGUAGAACUUUCAGUUUAGGAUGAGGGAUUUGUGCAGGAUGUUACACAUGUAAAUGUUUGGUAAUAAGCAUUAGAAGAGAUACUGUCAAUACUACUUUUUCCAAUACUGCUUUUUUAACUUUAGUGGCUACCAAAGCAUGUUCCCUUUUAGAUAUGCUGUUAGAUUUCCAUAGAAAUUUUUUUCUCUCCCAUAUUAGUUACACUGUUUUUAAUAGAAUUGCAGCUGCUUUCCCGUUUCCACAUUAAUCAAUACAAUCUUAAAUCAGUGCCUAGAGAGCAGUUUCAGUAGCUAAAUUCUGCUAACAAAAGUAUCUCUAUUCAGUUUAUGUUAAUCUAUGGUUUUCAUAUUCUUUACAAAUCCUCAGUGUUAUUGGAUGCCCAAGUAACAUAUUGGUAAAACAUAGUCCUCCACGUGUAAAUGGCUAAAAAUAACUAUUUUACAGCUUUUUGGAAAUGGUGUUGUGUGCUUUUAUAUCCUUCAGGUCUGUACCUGAAUGAUGUUAUUUAUUGCAUACCUUUAAUAUACUGUGUUUGGUACUGUGAGGCUAAUGAAGGUGACAUGCUUAUUCUAAAUGUUAGUGGCAUUGAAAGAGGGUUUUGCUGUAAUUGAUACCUCCCUUGAUACCAGCACUAAAUCUGGUGUUCAGUUAUAUGUCUCAGGUUGAGGGAACCUCCAAGACUACAAGAGGACACCAUGUUCUACAGAAUGACCUAGAACCACUACUGCAGAGUCACAAAAUACUAUCCACUGUUUUGCUAUGCAAAAUAUUGGAGCUUUGAGGAGGGAACUUGACUAGAAGAGAGUAAUGUAGAAAAAACCUAUGGAGAACUAUUAAUUUUCCUGCAUAAUUUUCCUGCUUACUGCAAUAGAAAUCAGGGAGAUCAGGUUCAAAUGCAAAGUUGCAAAGUUUGACACAGGGAAAAUGCAAAAAGAAAGCAGAAUUUCAGCUGAAUAAGGAUUUUAAAACCUGAGAAAAUCAAGUAUUAUUGCAUAUAUAUUGUCAUCAAAUAGCAGUGAAAUUUGAAAAUAUUUAACAAUUGUAAAACAAUAGAUAAGAGAAUCUAAUAUUUAUAUUAAUUCAAAUUAUUAUGUUUUUAAUGUAUUUUUGCCUUUCACUUGUUUGCCUAAAUUUGGGACAAUUUAUCUUAACAGUUCAUGUACACGAUCUUUCAACAAAUUAUGUAUGUAUGAUUAGAAACUAGCUUUAAUGCUUGAGGAAACAUAAAUCUAAUAUACAGAAAACCGAUUAGUAGGAAAUGAACAGGGAAGAGAAGAGAAUACUGCUUUGGACAAGUAACCUCUUUUCAAUUACAAAGAAGAGUGUGUAUUUGCCUUUCAGGUUGGUAACCUUAUUUUCAGUGUAUCAGUUUAAACAUUUGAAUGUAGUAAGUUAGAACUAAUGUAAAGCAAUGAAAAGAAUAAUUUGAUACAUAAAUGUUGCUUUGAAUCAAGUCAGAACAGAUAAUUUAGUUACUGAAGGGAAAUAGAACAAUAAUGCUUGCAAGACUCCAUGUAUUAAUUUUCAUAUAUGCUAGUCCCCCAUGCUGUAUAUUUUCUACUAAUGAUUUUUCAGUGCUGGUAGCAAAUAGUUGUCAAAAUCUUUAUAAGUAGUCCUUGCAAGAAUAAGUGUUCUUCCUUCAGUUUAUCAAUGUUUUGACUGAGUGAAAACAUGAAACAUAUUCGUUCUCUUUUGUUGCAUGUAUAAGAGAAAUGUCAUAUACUCAUUGUAUAUUUUUGUACUUCUUUUUUAAACUGCAGAUCAUUUUAUUUAAAACUUACAAAUGCUCCCCAUGUAUCAGCCUGGUUUGUGGUUUGCUAAAUAUUUUAUAUGUAGGUGUAUAUAACAAGACUUACAAUUUCAAACUAUGGUUUUCUUGCAUGAAAUAGAUUUUUGCCUUUUAGGUAGCCUUCAGGUGCUUUGGAUCUUUUGAAUUCAUACUGCCAUUAUCACAGUUUAAGUCUUUGUGACUACUGCCUUCCUGUCAGGUUCCUAACAU